CAGCAAGUCAGCAACAGCCAUCAAAGGGGGGCGGGCGUGGCGACGACGGUGGAGCACACUGGCAGCCAGCCCUCCAUCCCUCCCUCCCUCCUUGAUCUCGACUUACACCCGACGCCAACUCCAAGGCAAGGCAAGGCAAGCGCAGAGAAGGAGAGGAGAACCCCGCACCUUUCCACCUUCCCUCCCAGGCUCCCACCACCUCGCCCCCCUCUCCCCCACGCUGCCGCACGAGGAGGAGGAGGAGGAGGAGGGGAUCCGUCCGUUGCUUCCGACGGCCGCCUCCGUUCCGUGGCCUCCACCGUCCCUGAAAGCAACCCAUCAUCGGAUUCAUUCGGGGGUCGACUCGACUCGACCGCCGCCGCCGCCCCGCCACGGCCUCAACCACCGCCCGCACCAGGCAGGCAGCAAGGGAAUUUUCAAAGGAGGAAUCUGAAGAACACAAACUUUGUUGUCUCCUGAGGCCAACUCCUGGUGGAAGAAGCAGCCAUGGGGUCAGGGGACUGGUUCAAGACCAUCAUCAGCAAGAAGAAGUCGAAACGCGGCAAGUCAAAGCACGCAAAGAAGGUUGCUGCUCAACGCAACGGAGCCAACCUGCCGCAGCAAAAGCCCAGCAACGCUCCUUCUUCCAGCAGCGACCCUGAAGACAAUGCUGCACUGGAAGACUGGGCAGCUACCCGGAUUCAGAACGCGUUUCGGCGCCACAAGGCAAGGAGGACGCUCCGUUGUCUCAGGGGUGUUAAAAGACUGCGCAUUGUUGGGCAGAGCAAUCCAGUUACCAAGCAGACCAGUGCCACAUUGAGCUACAUACAGUCUUGGAACAAGUUACAGGCUGAGCUAAGGAACCGGCGUGCUUUCAUGGUCACCGAAGGGCGCAACAGGAAGAAGAAGCAAGAGAACCAAGUCAAGCUUGAUGCGAAGCUCCAAAAUCUGCAGGUUGCAUGGAAUGGAGGCUCAAAUACCAUGGAUGAAAUAGUUGCCAGGAUACAUCUAAGGGAAGAAGCAGCAGUAAAGCGUGAGCGAGCCAUGGCAUAUGCGUUUAACCAUCAGUGGAGGGCAAAGUCUGCCACAAGCCAAGGAAACUUCAACUACGGAGUCGGGAACGGUGGCUGGGGCUGGAGCUGGAUGGACCGCUGGAUCGCUGCACGGCCAUGGGAGCCCCGAUCUAUGGUCACCCCUGAAAACCCGAAGAAAGGGCAGUCAAAGAAAGACAACGCCAGCACAAACCAGUCAGCUCUUAAGCUGCAAGGUGCAAUCAGUCUAAGUAACAACACCAAUGACCGGAAAGUUCCCAAGAAAAAAUCAUCUCCCUCUCCUGACAAGAAGAAACCAGUGGCGAAAACGGAGCAGAAACCAGUGGCGAAAACGGAGCAGAAACCAAAGGUGGCCGGCCCUCCCAAGGCGAAGUCGAAUGACAUGAAGAGGAACCAAGGGAAGCAGCAACAACCUGCAGUUCCUGCGAUCACUGCUUGAAACACGCCGCGAAACGGUUACCAGACGCUGUAUGAUACAUCCUGUGAAGUUGUCUUUUCUUUUACACUCUUAUGUGGUUUGUCUCUUACAUUGCUGUUUUACUGGAACAAGAAGUGACCAAUGUAGAAUGUAUUUGGUUUGUGCGAUUGAACACAUACCUAAUGAGAGUGGUUUUUGGUUA